AUGCUCUUGGCAGACCCGUGCGCUGAAGUGGAGUGCGAGGCGGGCGGCGUAUGCCAGCUGGACGAGGAUCGGCGGCCCACGUGUCGCUGCGAGGACACGUGUUCCAGCGGCGGCGGCCAGCAGGCACCCGUUUGCGCCUCUGACGGCCGCUCCUACCGCAGCGAGUGCGAGAUGCACCGGCACGCCUGCCUGCGGCGACAGGCACUGCGCAUCAUCUACCGCGGGGAGUGCAACUCAGGCAGCAACCCGUGCGCGGGCGUGGAGUGCGGGCCCGGCGCGCAGUGCAGCGUGGACUCCGGGGGCGCGGCGCGCUGCGACUGCGGGCCGCCGUGCGCGCCGGUGCUGCGGCCGGUGUGCGCGGCCGACGGCGGCGGCCACGACAGCGCCUGCCACCUGCGGCGCGCCGCCUGCCUGCGCGGGGUGCCCCCGCCGCGAGUGCUGCACGCGGGCCGCUGCCGCGACGCCGCCUGCCCCGCCUGCCCGCAGGCGCAGCUGUCGGCGCACCGCCUGCGCCCCGUCUGCGGCUCCGACCUCGUCUCCUACGGCAGCGAGUGCGAGCUGCGCCGCGCCGCCUGCGCCCUGCGCGCCGACAUACAGCUGCUGCACGACGGGCCCUGCGAUGGCUGUGAAAACCAGAUAUGUAACAACCAUGCGAUCUGCAAGGUUGACACCUCGGGAAAUCCACGCUGCGUAUGUCCAGAGCCCUGCGAACACGAGUCUGGCGAGGUCCGGCCGGUGUGCGGCUCCGACGGCAGUACGUACCCCAGCGCGUGCGAGAUGCGUCGCGCGGCCUGCCUACUCAACAGGAGCCUGCACGUCGCGCACGAGGGCGCCUGCGGUCUGUGCCCGCACGAGUGUUCCGAGGGCAGCUCGCCGGUUUGCGGCUCGGACCGGCGGACGUACCGCAGCGAGUGCGAGCUGCGGCGAGCCUCGUGCCGCCUGCCCGCCGACAGCCCGCCCCUCGCCGUGCUGCACGCAGGGCCCUGCCUGGGCCUGCCGCUGGCGCCGCCGCCCCCAGGCAGCGAGCCCACGACGUCCUCGCCGGCCACCGGCGGCGGUGGCGCGUCGCCCGCGACAGGAGACGGCUGCCGCGGGGUGCGCUGCGACCUGGGCGCCACCUGCGAGCUGGACGAGGAGCAGCGGCCGCGCUGCGCCUGCCGCUUCAGCUGCCCGCCGGCGCCCGCGGGCCCGCGCGACGGCUGGCUGUGCGCCUCGGACGGCGCGCUGCACCCCAGCCUCUGCCACCUGCGGCACGCCGGCUGCCUCGCCGGCGACGAGCUGCGCCUGCGGCCCAGGGAGCUCUGCGUCGGCAUGGAGGUGAAGCCGUGCGGCGGGGAGCGUCCGCUGGUCAGCGCCUCUAGCGGCGAGGAGCUGGACUGCGGCAGUGGGCCCAACCGCCAGGACUGCCCGCCGGGCUCCUACUGCCACCAGACGCCCGCCUUCGCCAAGUGCUGCAGCAAAAACGUCACAGCGGCGCUGAGGGGUUGUGAGGACGAGUUCUUCGGCUGCUGCCCAGACGGGAAGACAGCGGCCCAGGGACCGGACUACGCCGGCUGUCCUUCGCUGUGCGGCUGCAACAAGCUCGGUUCGGUGUCGGACGUGUGUGACGCCGAGACGGGCGCCUGCAGCUGCAGACCCGGCGUGGGAGGCGACAAGUGCGACCGCUGCCUGCACGGCUACUGGGGGCUGCCCAAGAUCUCGGAGGGACACGACGGCUGCAUCGCGUGCGACUGUUCGCCCCUGGGAGCCGUGCGAGAGGACUGCGAGCAGAUGACGGGCAGGUGCAUGUGCAAGCCCGGCGUGCAGGGCCAGAAGUGCACCAUCUGCACCGGCGUCAACCUGGUGCUCGCCGCCGAAGGCUGCGUCCCAGAGGAGGAGUCCGGGACGGAACGCCCCGGCGCCGGCCGCUGGACGGUGCCUCGCCGCUUCACGCAGCCCGGCGACGACGAGGCGUGGCCCAUGUCCAAGUCGACGCGCCACCUGCUGGCGGGCGCGCCGCGCUACCACCUGCUGGCGCCCCUGGACAGAGGCGACGCGGGGCCGCGCCUCGUCACCGACGGCUCCGGCUACGGCAGGGGACUCCCGCAGCGCGCGCCCGAGGACGACGCCGGCGGCCGCAGGGCCAACGCGUAUCACGUUCCUGCCUUUGACGGAAGCUCGUACGUACAGCUGAGGGGACUGAAAGCGUACCAUAAGCUCAGUAUCGAAGUAGAAUUCAUCACGUACGCCAGUGAAGGUAUCAUCUUGUACAGCCAGCAGAAAGAAGACGGUACUGGGGACUUCGUGUCGCUGGCCGUAGUUGACGGCCACGUGGAGUUCCGGUACAACCUGGGCAACGGUCCGGUGUGGCUGGCGUCUGGGCAGCGCGUGGCGCCGGGGCGCCUGCACCGCGUGACGGCGCGCCGCUACCACCGCGACGGCCAGCUGCGAGUCGACGGCGGGCCCGAGGUGGCCGGCCAGUCGCAGGGCCCGCUGCGCGCCCUCGACCUGCGCGGCGACGCCUACGUGGGCGCCCCGCCCACCAACGUCUCCAAGGUGUUCGAGAACGCGGGCGCGCAGCAGGGGCUGGUGGGGUGCGUGCAGCUGCUGCGGCUGGGCCAGGUGGCGGUGCGGCUGCACGAGGGCGACCCGCUGGUGGUGCGCUCGCACCGCGUCACCGAGUGCGGCCACAGCCCGUGCGGGCGCCUGCCCUGCCUCAACGGCGGCUCCUGCACGCCCACCGGCGCGGUCUCCUUCCACUGCGACUGCCAACCGGAGUAUACAGGUGCUUUCUGUGAAAGUCGAGUUAAUCCAUGCAGUUCCAGUCCCUGCGUGUCGGGUUCAACGUGUGAAGUCUUGCCGCACGGAGGUUUUAUGUGCAAAUGUGCUCCUGGCACGAAAGGGCUUUCUUGCCAAGACUCUGAUACGGAGCUUCAGGAUAUUUUUAUCCCGGAAUUCAACGGAGCAUCCCAUAUUGAACUACCACGUCUUGAAGGAGUCGGCAGAGCGUUUUCGUUGGAGCUGUGGUUUCUUUCGCGGUCGUUGAACGGCCUGCUCCUCUACAAUGGACAGCUAUCGAAUGGGAAAGGGGAUUACAUCUCCCUAAACCUAGUGAACGGGCACGUGCAGUUCUGUUACAACUUGGGCAGUGGUCCAGCAAACAUCACGUCAGCGGAGAGGAUCAGCCCCAACAGGUGGCACUCGGUGAAGGCGAGCCGGCUGGACCGCGACGGCACCCUCCAGCUGGACUCGGGGCCGGUGGCGGCCGGCCAGUCGGGUCCUGUCCUCACCGAACUCAACCUCGAGCUGCCGCUCUACAUCGGUGGUGCACCUCCAGGAAUGGAGGUGAGCCACUGCUCGAACGUGUCGUCCGGGCUGGACGGCGCGGUGCAGCGGCUGGUGGUGAACGGGCAGUCGCUGGAGAACCUGGGCGAGGACAGGCAGGGCGUGUUCCAAUGGCAGGGCCCGCCCUGUGGCAGCAGAGACCUCCCCAGCCCCUGUCUGCACGGCGGCGUCUGCCAGCCGCUGCUCAACGCCUACUCCUGCCGCUGCCCGCCGCACUUCACCGGCGCCCACUGCCAACACCCCAAUGUCGAUUCCUCUAGUAAUGGCAUGGCUGUUAAGUUCUCAGGGAAGACAUUCUUCAGAAUUCCAAAUAAGAUACUCAAAAGCACUAACAUUUCUCAAAGCACAAACUACACUGAUUUAAGUUCACGAGAAGAAGAUGAAGAAUAUGAAAUUUAUAAUGAUUAUGACACUCAAGGUGUGGAUGACAUGUAUGAUGAAGAUGACACAGAAUUCUUUGACAAAGGGAGGAAGGGUGAGCAAAUGAAUCGUUAUGAAAUAGUCUUCCGAACAACAGAGCUCAAUGGUUUAUUGUUGUGGCUGGGUAAAGGGAGAAACAACAAAGGACAUCAUUUUGGAGUGACUGUAGCUGAUGGGUUCCCAGAAAUGAGGUUCAAUCUUGGCAAAAAGCAAGCUACUCUCCAAAUUUCUAAAUCAAAGGUUUAUGUCAGUGAUGGUGCCUGGCAUACACUCAUAGCCUACAGAAGACAAAGACAUGGCUUCCUUCAAGUCGAUGAUGAGAGUCCUAUCAGAGCACUGGCACUCUCUGGGCCUGUGAGACUUCACUCGAAUGGGUGGCUUUGGCUAGGUGGUGCUCCAGUCCUACCUUCUGGCUUGCCUACUGCAUACUACACUGGAUUUCAGGGCUGCAUACAGAAAGUUAAAAUUUCAAAGAAAGAAUUUGACUUGAUACAGCACACCAGACACCAGAAGACAGUGACAGAAUACUGCCAUGAAAAUGAUGUAUGAACUGCAUGAGUGAAAAGAAGAAUGAAAAGACAUCUGAAGAGAAGAGACCAAGGAAAACAAAAGAAAAUGAAAAUACCUUGAGUGUUAAAUGAUUUGUACCACACAGAGAAGGAAAUUAUGAAAUACCAGCUCAAAGAGUCUUUUAUUUUGUUUUUGUGUUGUUUUGUAAUAAGUGAAUCUCUUAACACAAUAAGACAAAUUUCAUACAUUUUAGUAUGAAUAUGAAGCAACCACAGAAGUGAUAUCUUAGUUUUUUAUGUGACGGUUUUUGAAGGCAGUGUGCAACUGACAGUUUAUAUAUUUAUGAGAUCUGGUUAUUUCAUUGCUUACUAUCUGUAACCUAAUCAGACUGGUUUUGACUCUCCAGCAAUAAGAGGACAUUUAAGGAUACUCCUAACAAAUUAAUAAUUAACUGAAGUUAUGGUGCUUUUCUGUUCGUUUGACAGAUUUACUGCCAUGCAACUGUGUCUAAAUCAGGGUCACAGUCUUGACUGAUACAUUUUAUGUCAUAUUUUUUUAAAAAUAAAAUGGAUGAAUUUGAUGGUAACAGUC